GACUGGCCGUUCCUUUUGAAUGAUUUCACUGCGGUUUGCCCACAUUCCCUAAGCUAGACGAGCAGCAGCAGCAGCAGCAAGAGGACGAGGGCGCAGGAAUCAUGGUGUAAAGGAGCCGCCGGUUCGCUGGCGCGGGGGACCAGGGGCACAAGGAGCCUGCACAUUUCAUGGCAGCCAGGGCUAGGGGCGCUGGAGAAGAGAGGGGCAUGGCAGCUCGGGGGGUCGACUGGUCUUAAAAACUGCAGGGAGCGGGGCGGCGUUGCUGCUGCCGCUGCCGCCGCCGGAUCCAUCCUGCUGCUCUCGCGCUUUGCCGCAUUUCCUCCCUUCUCCCAACUCCCGUCUGGAGACGUACCACCACCCCGCACUCUGAGCAGCCUCGCCCCCGCCAAGAUGUCUCUGGCCGUCGAAGAAGAGGACUACGCCAAGCUGGUGAUGGAGUCGGGGCCCGAGUGGCUCCGCACCGAGAUCAAGCGGCUCUUCCAGGAGCUGGGCGAAACCACCCGCCAGAAGAUCCAGGCUGCCGAGUACGGGCUGGCGGUGCUGGAGGAGAAGCAGCAGCUCAAGCAGCAGUAUGAGGAGCUGGAGCUGGAGUACGAGACCAUCCGCACCGAGAUGGAGCAGCUGAAGGAGGCUUUUGGUCAGGCUCACACUAACCACAAGAAAGUAGCAGCAGAUGGAGAGAGCAGGGAAGAAACCUUGAUUCAAGAGUCCGCCACAAAGGAAGAGUACUACAUGAAGAAAGUCAUGGAACUGCAGACAGAGCUAAAGCAGCUGAGGAAUGUCCUUGCCAACACCCAGUCUGAAAAUGAACGCUUGAAUUCUGUUGCUCAGGAACUGAGAGAGAUAAAUCAGAACGUGGAACUCCAGAGGGGUCGCUUGCGAGACGACAUAAAAGAGUACAAAUUCCGAGAAGCCCGUUUGCUGCAAGAUUACACUGAGCUCGAGGAGGAGAACAUCUGCCUUCAGAAGCAGGUGUCAGUCCUGAAGCAGAACCAGGUGGAAUUUGAAGGGCUGAAACAUGAAAUCAAGAGGCUCGAAGAAGUUACCGAAUUCCUCAACAGCCAGCUGGAAGAUGCCAUACGGUUAAAAGAGAUAUCUGAGCGCCAGCUUGAGGAGUCCUUGGAGACCCUGAAGACAGAACGAGAGCAGAAGAACAACCUUCGGAAGGAGCUGUCUCAUUAUAUGAACAUCAAUGAUUCCAUGUACACGAGCCAUUUGAACUUCUCUCUGGAUGGGCUGAAGUUCAGCGAUGAGACCACGGAGCCCAAUAAUGAUGAAAUUGUGAACGGCUUUGAGCAGAACUGCCUGAGUAAAAUCAACAAUGGCAAUAAUAAGGCAUCAACGCCGAAGAAAAGUGAGAGCUUCCCUCCAGCGCCUAGUCUUGUGUCUGAUCUCUUGAGUGAGUUGAAUAUAUCUGAAAUCCAGAAGCUGAAACAGCAGCUUAUGCAGAUGGAAAGAGAAAAAAUGAAUUUGUUGUCUACACUCCAAGAGUUUCAAAAGCAGCUGGAGAACACCCGAGGAGCUCUGUCUGAGCAGAAUGAGAAGGUAGUCAGGCUCACCGAGAACCUCAGUGCCAUGAAAAAGCUCCAGGUCAGCAAGGAGCGCCAGUCAGCUCUUGACAAUGAAAAGGAGCGAGAUAGCCACGAAGAUGGAGAUUAUUAUGAGGUUGACAUCAAUGGCCCAGAGAUUCUGGAAUGCAAGUACAAAGUGGCUGUGGCGGAGAUGAGUGACUUAAAAGACGAGCUCAAAGGCCUAAAAGCCAAAUAUGAAGAGUGUGAAUCCAAAUACGAAGAGGAGAAGAGCAGGUAUGAGACCGACUCUCAAGCUCUGACCGAGAAGAUUACUUCAUUGGAAAAAUCUAGCAGGCAAGAUAGAGAGCAGGUAGUUAGACUGGAGAAGGAACUCAAGAAAGUAAGUGAUGUUGCUGGAGAAACACAGGGAAGCCUCAGCGUCGCUCAGGAUGAGCUGGUCUCCUUCAGCGAGGAGUUAGCCAACUUGUACCAUCAUGUCUGCAUGUGCAACAAUGAAACUCCAAACCGGGUCAUGCUGGAUUACUACAAAGAGGGUAAAGGAGGCCGUACCAGUCCAGAGGGCAAAGGCCGCAAAUCGCCCAUCCUGCUCUCUAAAGGCUUGUUGUCCAUAGACUUAGGAAAAUCAGAAAGUGGGAGUGGGGACAGCAGUCCUUCGCCAGUGUCGUCUCUCCCGUCCCCAGUAUCUGAUCCCCGGAAGGAGCCCAUGAACAUUUACAACCUGAUUGCCAUAAUCCGCGACCAGAUCAAGCAUCUUCAGCAAGCGGUUGACAGAACGACAGAGCUGUCUCGGCAGCGGGUGACCACCCAGGAACUUGGGCCGGUAGUAGACAAAGACAAAGAGGCUCUAAUGGAGGAAAUCCUGAAGCUGAAGUCUCUGCUAAGCACCAAGAGGGAGCAGAUAGCAACUCUGAGGACUGUCCUAAAGGCUAACAAGCAGACAGCAGAAGUUGCUCUGGCCAACUUGAAAAGCAAGUAUGAAAAUGAAAAGGCCAUGGUUACGGAGACAAUGAUGAAGCUGCGUAAUGAGCUGAAGGCUUUAAAAGAAGAUGCUGCUACCUUCUCUUCUCUGAGGGCCAUGUUUGCUACCAGGUGUGACGAGUAUGUUACCCAGCUGGACGAAAUGCAACGCCAGCUUGCCGCGGCCGAAGACGAAAAGAAGACGCUGAACUCGUUGCUCCGCAUGGCCAUCCAGCAAAAGCUGGCUUUGACCCAGCGCCUUGAGCAUCUUGAGCUGGACCAUGAGCAGUCCAAAAGGGUGCGCACAAAAUCUGCUUCCAAAGCCAAGAGUAGUAACCCCAGUCUGUAGAGUAGCUCCCGGAGAAGCCUAUUGCAACUGUGCAACUUCGUAUCUUAGCCUGUGUCGUUGUGGUUAGAAGUGGCGGUAGCCUGUUGCACAAAAGAAUGGAUACCAUUGACCAUGAACCUCCCCCCCCCUAAAAAAGGCAAAAACCACAUAAUUUUUAAUAUGCAACAUGCAUUGUUGGGUAUUCUUCCCCCUCGCUUUCAACCACCUUUUUUUUUUUCCUUUUUGGCAUAUUAUGUCUGGAUACAAACAAACAAAGCUUUAUCCUUUUAAGUGCUGCUGCAGGAAGAAAACUUACAAAUGCUGAAGAAACCUACUUCAUCAUCUGAUAAUUGCCAUGGUAGCUUAUUAUGGCCUAUUAGAAAGGUUCACAUGGGUAUUAUUAUUUUUUGUAACUUUCAUUAUAGAGCAUUCAUGUAAAACAACAACAACAACCAACAAUGGUCUGAUUGUUUAAACCUGUGCACUUUUAAUAUUUUGCUAUUUACUUUAACGUCUUUUUAUUCUUUUUUGUAGAAGAGUUUAUAUGGAGGGAGGGAAGUCCAGUGACUUAUGCGCAUAGUCUCUCUCCAUUUUGGACUUGUGCUUGCUGUUUUCCCAUCCGCAUGUGGCAGAGUUUUAUACAAUAUUGUUUUGCUCUACACUGUGUUUAGAAAAGAACUUCCAACACAAGCCAGGAGUUCUGCUAAACUGUAUAUGUGCUGUGCAUCAGCAGCUUUUUUUUCCUUAUAAAAUGUUAAGCUUUAUCUGUUUUAAAUUACUGAUUUUUAACUGCCAUGUUAACUGAGAAAUCCAGGGUAUUCAAAUUCUGGGGUUUUUUCAUAUUGUAUUAUUAUUCUUAGGAAUAGUUCAAUGUAACAAGAAGAAAACUUGACUUUGCUCUGGUUAAAACAGUUAUAGGCACUUGAAAAAGAAAUAUUAGUGUUACCUAUAAAUUCCAGAAUGUCUGGGUUUUAGGAAAAAUCUUAAUGGUGUAUGAUUGGUUAACAGAAUUUUAUACAACUAUUACCACUUAAAUUCCAAAUUGGAAUUGUUUUUUGUUACUACUUUGUUUUAUUGUGCCAAAUUGUGGUGCAUUUUAGAAAGACAAAUUCUAAAAGUUGUCAGUGCUAGGGUGUUCUAUUUCAGCGCCUUUUUUGUGAUUUAAUUGUUGCCAGUAGUGCCUUUCAUAAUUUUAAAGGGAGAAGCCUAGGCUAGCUUAGUCUGUCCUUAAAGGAAAGGAACCAUGGCUUUGGAACCUAGUCAUGAUGUGGAGCAAUAAGCGCAAAGCAAACUCCCCUGCCGCAUUCUUUUUUUUAAAUGGGUAGACCUACUAUAGAGAUGAUAUAUGCGCGAAAUUGUAAAAAAUUCUGUUAGCCAAUGAUACUUCAUCAUGCAAAUUCAGGGGCAUAGAAGAAAAGAACAAGCAGACAACUAUUAAAAGAAGAAGAAGAAGAAAAGAAACACCCCAAAAUAUACUUUGCAAACCAAACAAACUUUAUUGAACAAAAUAAGACACAAGAUGUAUUAACACAUUUGUGGUUGCAGUACAGAGGUUGUUUUGGGAAUAUUGGUGUUCUGGUAGCUUUGUAUGGUGGUGGAUCAGUUAACCAUAGUAUUGUUUGCAAAUGUGGAGAAGAAAAAGAGGAACAAUGCAUUUAAUAUUUUUUUCUCUCUUGCAUGUUGUAUCUAAUCCAUGGUGAUUUCAGGAAACAGAAACUGAGAUGUGCAUCAACAAAGAUGGACCUGGUGGUGCUAUUUGUUGAGGGUAACUUUGAAUGAUCAAAUUUGGUACUUUUCAGGGGAGGAGAAACCACCUUCCUUUAAAAAGAAAAGAAAAGAAAAAAUUAUAAUAAUAAAUGACGUGGGAAAAAGAUUUCUGUUUGCUGGAAGAAACUUUAUUAUUCCUAGAGGUGGGGACAUAUAUUUUCAUCUUUUUUGGUUACAGUAUUGAUUCAUAAGUGGUAUGAUUACAUUUUAAAAUUACAUCUCUAUGUGGGUAUUUAUUUGAAAUGUCAAAGUACUGUAUUAUGUUUUUACGUGCAUUAUCUUUUAGUGGUGGAUUGGUCUUCGUUUCAUUGUCAUAUGCAUGUACUCUUGCCAAGUAACCUUUACACAGACUUGGGGGGGGGGGAAGGAAGCUGAUAUAAUCGCUUAAAAGCAAGACAUGAAACUGAUUAAGGUACAGCUCUUGUGUUAAUUUGAUAAUUUUAGGAGGUGUAGAAGACAAAAACAAAUUAAUUCCAAAUUAAUCCAAAAAGAGUGCAUGUUGUGUAGGAAAGCAAUCUACCUGUGUAAAGGUAGUCAUAUUGGCAGUAUCAAUAAAGGAGAAAGAAAGAGUUUCUGGCUGGUUUGUUUUUUAAUUGCACCACUUUUGUUUGCUGAAGUAUUUCUAGACCUCUUAACAGUAUUAAUGUAUGAAGUCUUGACAUGUGUAGGCAUGAGUCAGCCAAAGUUCAUCACUUUUAAAACCCUUUUAUUUCAAUGGGAGAGGUUGAAACGUGUGUAUAUAACACUCCCAUUGAAAUUAACGAGUCUUAGAAUGGCUUCCGUCCUGCUUUUAGAUGUACAUCCAGGACCGGCACAAGACAUUUUGAGGCCUGAAUCGAAGGACAAGAUAGUGCCCUCCCACAAGGCACAUACAGAAGCCAAUUGGACCGACCGUUGAACUUUGCUCCAGUACUGGUGAAAGGCCAGUGUCUUCCACUGCACUUGAGGGCAGCAGGCUAGCAUAGGGGGUACAAGACAGGUCACAUGGCAUUCACAGCUCCAGCCACUUCCCGCACCUCAUCACCUGCCACCUGAGGCAGCCGGCUCACUCUGCCUCAUCAUAGGGCGAGCUCUGUGCACACCAAUGAUUCUUGAAGCGGGCUCAUGCUGCUCUUGGGAUCUUUAAUGAAGAUGAUUGCAUGCUACCGACAGAACGGCAUUUCCUUCAAAUACCUUGCUCAGCGAUGAUCAAACAGAGAACCAAUAUUAGUGUACUUGCUCUGGAGAGCCAGCAAUAGCCACACCUGUUGAAAGGGGAGGAGCUUGAAACUCUUCAGAACAUGUUGUAUUUUUGUUUACUCAAAGCAGGAUAUGCUUGUUGGCUGGUAUCCAUUCAUUCAACUGAGAUUAUUUAUGGCCAAAUGAUAGGCAAUACUUGCAUGAGAUAUGGUAAUUGGUUCCAGGAAUCAACUAGGUAAUUAGAGUCCACUGUCUGUGGGUGGCACAUGUUUGAAUUAUCUGUGGCUUGCACUUCUGAGGUGUUCCCUGCUACCACAAUGAAACUCUCAGAGCAAAAGCAAACCACACACAUAGUUUUGGAGCAUACAGAAAGUAUCAGCAGAACCAAGCUUCUUGAUAACAGAUCUUUAUCGUUGAUCCAAUAUAACUUGUAUUAAAAAACAAGCCUUUCUGCUUUUGGAUAUGGAACAAAAAAGGUGGUAUGAAUUUAUUCCAGCAGCCGUGAUAGCAAAUCUAAAUCAAUGUACCUGUUAAUAAAAUAGUUCAUUAGGAGAAGCAUUUAGUCCACAUCAAAAACAAUACCUACCGUAGUUAUCUUGGCACACAUUUUCUCUCUCCCUUUCUUAUGUUGAAUUGGGUGCUUCAGUUUUACAUGAAGCAAAAGGAAGAGUGUCAUCAGUAAUAACACUAUUAAGGGCUUGAUUUUAGAUGCAGGUCUGAUUAUUGUUGUUAAACAAGGAGUUACAAGCUUGCAUCUUUGCAAGGGGUAGAACUUCAGCCUGACAGAUGUUGCUCUGCUUAAUCUCAGGGCGAGGAACCUUCUAUUAACCUAACGCUUACUCCCACCUGUCAUGAACAAUCAACAAUUUAAUGCUGAGUGCUUGUUGCCUGCCUAUAGUGAGGCUCUUCACAGUCAAAAAUAAUAAUUGAAUUAUAGUGUAGACAUUCGUUAUGAGAGCAAGACUGAGUUUAAAAGAACUAGGUGACUGAUCUGUUUAGCUGCUGAAUUCCAUCACUGUUUUGUUAACUACAGGGAAUGCUGGAAUUAUUUGCCUUCCUGGCAUGUCACAUUGCGGAAGAAUAUGGAUUUUCUGUAGCCCACGUUCCUGACUCUGAAAGGGAGAUGGCAGCAGUGAUGCCUUCUCUUGCCUAGGAGGAUGUAAAAAGUGAAUUCAUUUUGGCAGUUAAGUGCAACAGUACCUAGAUAUAAAGGAACCAGCACUCAUGGGCAACAUUUCUACCCAGAAACAAUGCAUCUGGCUACCAUGACAUCACAAAAGUGAUAAAAGCCAUAGGCUGGACUGUGCCACAAAGUUCUAGAUAAGCACAUCCUUUGAACAUACUGGGCAACCUUCAUUGCUUUGUAUCUACAAUCUGCAACCAGCCCUGUACAGUGGUGCCUCGCUAG